AUGCCUCAUGCAAUUAUCUCUCCCUCUGUUCUGGCGUCCGACUUCGGACAGCUCACCGCAGAAUGUAAGAGGAUGAUCAAGGGCGGUGCGGAAUGGUUGCACAUGGAUAUUAUGGACGGUCAUUUUGUGCCAAACAUCACCAUGGGCGCGCCCAUCCUUUCGUGCGUAUCGAAGGGCGUCCCGGGCAUUUUCAUGGACUGUCACAUGAUGGUAUCGCAGCCCGAGAAGUGGGUGAACGACAUUGCUGACGCGGGCGGUGCGUUAUACUGCUUCCACCUGGAAGCGACAUCGGACCCCCUCGCGCUUAUUGAUGCGAUCCGCGAGCGGAAGAUGAAGGCGGGCGUUGCUAUCUCUCCCGACACGCCCUCCACAGCUAUCUCCGACGAGGUUGCAGACGCGGCCGACAUGCUGCUGGUCAUGACCGUUUACCCUGGUCGCGGUGGCCAGAAGUUCUUGGACCGCUGUGUACCCAAAGUUGCUGAGCUUCGCGCUCGCUUUCCCGACAAGGAUAUAGAAGUCGACGGCGGUGUCGGUCCGAAGACCAUUGGUGUCUGCGCUGAUGCGGGGAGCAACGUCAUCGUUGCAGGGACAGCGAUAUUCAGCGCACCAGAGCCUGAACAAGUUAUUGCACUUCUCAAGAGCACCGUCCAGACUGCGCAGGCCAAGCUUUCCUCGAGGCAGUAA